AAUCUAUGCAAAAGACGAGGAGGAAAGGACGAUUCCACUUAGGGAAUGAAUUCUCCUUUCCCCAUAUAUGUGGAUAAAAUGAACAAACCUAGAAUUUAAUUUUCUCCAUUUAUAGUGGUAUCUUCUUAUCAUUAUUUCAACCUAGAAGCUUCAUUUUGAAUUUCCAAGCAAAGGAAAAUUUCUUUGUUUGUUGAGUUAGAAUGUCUACGUUGAACGAAAGCCACAUCCAGAGGAUAUUCGACAAGCUUGAUGAAGAUGGUGAUGGAUUAGUGAGCUUAGAUGAGCUGAAAGGCCUACUUGAUAAGAUUGGAGCUUGCACGGGCCUUGAAGAGCUUCAAUCUUUGGUAGGUAAAACGAGCCUUAACUUCAUCGACUUCUUAUUCUUUUACGAGGCUAUGGUGAAGAAAAAUAAUGGAGAAAAGAUAAAAGAGGACAAGAAUAUAGAUAAUAAUAAUAAUAAUUUGGAAGAUGAUCUUGUUGAAGCAUUCAAGGUUUUUGAUUUGAAUGGAGAUGGUUUUAUUUCAUGUGAAGAGCUUCAAAAAGUGUUAUCAAGAUUAGGAUUGUGGGAUGAGAAAGAAGGAAGUGAUUGUAAGAACAUGAUUAACAUGUAUGAUACUAACCUUGAUGGAGUUCUUGAUUUUGAAGAAUUUAAGAACAUGAUGUUGGUUUCAAAUUCUUGAUUUUUGGGUAUGCCUAAUUUGUAAUUAAUUAUAUUAUUGACUUUUUCAUGUAUUUGAAACUUUCUUGUGAACAUUGUUAUGAUGACUUUA